CAUAGCAGGUACUGGACUAACGCAAAUAUUUAAAGUGUAAAUCUAAAUCGUACAUUAUUUUAUUUGGUUUUAACUCAUUUAUGAAAAUCCCAAGAGAAAAAAGACGUUUCGUUCCGAAAGGAGAAGUAUUAUUCAUGGAAUAUCACCAGAUACCAACGUUUCUAAGAAGUAACUCGUAUAUUCUUAGUGGAUAUCGCCCUAUUGGUCGGACAACGACAGAAAACUUAAAGAGUGUCUACUGCUGGUCUAAUGAAACCCUGAACAUUUGGACUCAUAUCAUAGGAUUCUUUCUAUUUUUUUGGCUUCUGCUUUAUGACAUAUUUGUUGAAAUUCCAGCGUUAAAUCUCCCUCUACAGGAUGUUGUAACAUUUUUGUGCGUGCUGGUAAGUUUUCUUGGGACAAUGUUUUUCUCUGUAAUGUAUCAUACGAUGAAAUGUCAGUCAGAAAAGGCGUUUAUGAUGUGGCUUAGCUUGGACUUAACUGGUGUCACAGUAAGCAUGACUUCUAUUUUCGCUUCCGGAAUUUACUUUGGUUACCAAUGUUUUCCUGAAUGGAAAACUUUUUAUAUUUCAAUUGUCGGAGUUUUAACAGUCAGUUUACUCACCUUACAUUUUCACCUAGAUCAGCAUUAUCGGUUAAAAAUGGCCUUAUUUGUUUUAUGGGCACUUUUUGGUAUAAUGCCUACUGUACAUUGGUUAUGGCUGCAGGGUGGAUUCCAUGAUCCUCUUGUAAAGAUUUUCAUACCAAAGAUUGGUGUAAUGUACUUGCUAGUUGGAGUAGCAUUCUUCUUCUACAUCAGCCGUAUUCCUGAACGCUGUUGUCCGGGCAAAGUCGACUACAUAGGAAACAGCCAUCAAGUCUGGCAUUUACUUAUCGUGUUUGCUAUGCUUUGGUGGCAUGAGACAGGCCUAACUUUUGCAUAUGUUCAAACACAAUAUAAGUGUAGUGUAGUUUGAAUAUGUAAGCAAGUAAUAUUAAUUUUAGAAUUUAAAGUAAUUAUUGCAUAGCAGACUUUUUAUAAUACUCUUACGUAUCAAAGUUCUAGUAUUACAUGUAAACUUGAGCUUACCUACAUUAUUGUGACUUUCCAAAUAUGUUAUUUUGUGGCCUAUCUUCGAGAUUUUUCAAAUAGAGAAGAAACAUACAGUUUGAAUUUUACUGAUACGAUAUUUAUGUAUUUAAGUCUACCAUAUGGAGACAUACGAUAUAUUUCUUGUGUUUCUAUUUAAUGUUAUUUCCAAUAAUCAAAAUUCUGCACCACACCUUUACUUUUGGGCCGAUCGUCUUGAAACCUGGAAAAUGUAUACGCUCAGAUCUCAUUCAAUUUUUUUUUUAUUCUUUGAGUUCUCGUUUCAGUUUUACGAGGUCAAAACAUUACAAAAACAGCAUGGCAUCCAGUUUCCAUAUACUUCCAUCAAACCAAAUGAGACUUCGCACAAAAAUGCCUUGCAACAACCCUCACAUUUGCGAAAGGUAAAAAAUACUUCGCAAAAUAUGUUUUUUUAGUCUGCCAUUCCUCUGUGUUUCGGUCUCCCGGUGAGAAUUACAACGAACUAACAACGCUAAAAUCCGGGGUUCGAUUCCCUGCUGUGGACACAGCGGAUAGCUCAAUGUGGCUCGCUCUAAAACAAAUAAUCAAGCAAUCCUCUGUGUUUCGGUCUCCCGGUGAGAAUUACAACGAACUAACAACGCUAGAAUCCGGGGUUCGAUUCCCUGCUGUGGACACAGCGGAUAGCUCAAUGUGGCUCGUUCUAAAACAAAUAACCAAGCAAUCCUCUAUGUUUCGGCUAGUCAACAACAUCCACGGCACAUUUUUCGCUACUGUUAUCAGACCGGAUAGUGGGAUUUAACCGUCACUCUUAUAACGCAUCUACCUACAGCUCCG